AUGGCCAACACAGUCAUGACGGAUAAUGCAUUCAAAGCAAAGGACAUUGGCCUUAGGGCGCAAAAGAAAAUUCUCAGUCGAAUGGCAUCAAAAAACAUUGCAAAAGUGUUUAUAGAUGAGACAACUGCCUCCCUCCUUGAUAAUGUUUAUCGUCUGACAAAGCAACAGUAUGGAAGCAAAAAGGAUGCUGAGAAACUCGUCAAAAAUAUUAUUAAAAUUGUGAUAAAAAUAGCAAUUCUUCAAAAGAACAACUGUUUCACUGAGGAUGAGACGAAGAAGACGGAUACCUUUUUCAAGAAAUUCCUCAAACUUCAAAUGUCAAUUAUCAGUUUCUUUGAAGUAGAUUUCAGUUUCGACUUAACUUACCUGCAAAAACUCAUAUCAGAGAUACAUCAACUACUUAAAGAUAUUGUUAGGAAUCAUUUAACAGACAAGAGUUUAGCAAGAAUCGACGAGAUUUUCGAGUCUCUCAAUAAUCCACAAUUUCUUGAGUCAAUUUUUCGACAUGAUGGUCCACACAAAGAAGUGAUGGGAAAGAUUUGUGAGGAUUUAAAUAAAAUCCUUGAGCAAAACGAAUAGAAAUAAGCUUCCUUGUAUAUUGUUUUCUUUCCUAGCAUUAAAAUAUAAA